UAGUUCCCUUUAUCCUCUUUUGAGAGAAGAACACAACAAUCAUUACAAAGUUUUGAACUUUUGAAACAAAAAUGGCUGAGAGGAAAGUUGUGAUAGUAGGUGGUGGUGUUGCUGGUGCUAUUCUUGCAUAUACUCUUCAGCAUCAAGCUAGUGUCACUUUUAUUGAUCCAAAGGAGUAUUUUGAGAUUCCAUGGGCUGGGUUGAGAGCAUUGGUGGAACCAUCAUUUGCAGAGAGGAUAUUGAUCAACCACAGAGAUUACUUCAAGAAAGGUGAGCUUGUUGUGUCCUCUGCUGCCUCAAUUUCUGAAACAGAAGUUGUCACACAAGAUGGCACCCAUGUUGCCUAUGACUACCUUGUUAUUGCCACUGGCCACUCAGAACCUCUCCCCAAAACCAGGGCUCAAAGACUUGACCAAUACAAAGCAGGAAAUGAAAAGAUAAAGUCCUCAAACUCAAUCUUGAUUGUUGGUGGAGGUCCAACAGGGGUGGAGCUGGCGGCCGAGAUCGCCGUUGAUUUCCCAGAGAAGAAGGUGACCAUAGUCCACAAAGGAUCAAGGUUGCUAGAAUACAUUGGUACAAAAGCUUCAAGGAAGACACUGAAGUGGCUCAAAUCAAAGAAAGUUGAUGUGAAAUUGGAACAAUCUGUGGAGUUGGAUAAUGAUAACAACUCUGCAGAAGGAAAUAAGACAUACCAAACUUCAGGUGGUGAGACAAUAGAAGCAGAUUCCCAUUUUGAGUGUAUAGGGAAACCUGUUGGUUCUGCAUGGCUCAGAGAAACUAUAUUGAAGGAUGAUUUGGAUGAUGAAGGAAGGAUCAAAGUUGAUGAACACUUGAGAGUUAAGGGAAAGACCAACAUUUUUGCAAUUGGAGAUAUUACAGAUAUCAAAGAAAUCAAACAAGGGAUGUUUGCAAGUGCUCAAGGUGUAUUAGUUGCCAAGAACUUGAAGGUGUUGAUAGAAGGAAGUGGCAAAGAACCUAAAUUGGGAACAUACAAGGCACAAGCACCAAUGUCCAUAGUUUCACUUGGAAGGAAACAUGGGGUUGCUCAGUUUCCAUUCAUGACAAUUCUUGGAAGGUUCCCUGGCAUGAUCAAAUCAGGGGACUUGUUUGUUGGUAAAAAAAGAAAGGAAUUAGGACUUGCACCCUAAUAAUUAUAUUAUUAUUAUUGUUGUUGUUGUUGGGUCAUGCAUUUGUUUAUAUAUUUGUGUUUUAAUUUGUAUUAUUCUCUUAAUACCAAUGUGCAUGUACUUUUUCUUGUUCUUUCAUAA